CAAAUCGGCACGCUCGCAUUGACCGGAUUGAACUCGACGAAUCCAGCGAAUACUGCCAUAAUCACUCGGCAGGAAGAUGAAGUCCUGCCGAACAGAACUACCCAAGUCCGUCACGGUUCUCGGAUGAGGCAUAUUCUUCCAGGUGCUCCGCUCAACUUCUCUGCCGAAGUCAACGGAUCUCUCGUGUCCAUUGAUACCUUCAUGUAUGACAUGGGUCUUGGAGGCUUGAUGGUCGUCAAGGACGGCUCUAUCAGACUCGAGAAAUACGACCACAGCAACCAAAAGCAAUCCCGCAACUCCAUCCAGUCAUGCACCAAAUCCUUCACAUCAACAGCUUUUGGCAUCGCCGUCAAGCAAGGAAAGAUUCAUUCUCACGACCUCGCUGAGAGAUGGACCCCAGAGCUCAAAGGUACUCCAUAUGGUGACGUUACUCUUCGGAGCAUCAUGGACAUGACAGCUGGUGUGGCCGCACCAAUAAACGCCACAGAUUACUUCACCGUCUACGAGGAUCUGAACCGCAAUGCUGUACUCGAUUUAUUCAAGACUUACGAGAGAGUGGCUGCGCCCGAUACGGUUUAUAACUACAUGGAUCAGAACUACGCGGUCACUGCUAUUGCCCUCCAACGAGCUAUCGGCGAGCCCAUCGGGAACUUCGUCACACGACACAUCUGGGAUCCAGCUGGUAUGCAAUACGACGGAUACAUGCGCACCACAGCUGCACAUCAAGUCGAUGGCCAUGGAGGCCUUGCAAUCACACUGGCAGACAUGGCGCGUUUCGGCUUGUUCAUCCUUGACAACUUACAAGGACGCGGUGGACCAGCUGUACCUUCCGGUUGGUUCGAAGGUAUCGCCGCCGCCAACACCAGUAGAGGGAUACGUGCGCCUGGAAACAUCAUUGACGUUCCUGGCUUUGGCUAUCAGACUGGCUGGUGGACUCUGCCUCGUGGCAGCAACACGACUUAUGCUCUUGGCGAUGAUGAGGCUUUCGCUGCGUUGGGCAUGUACGGGCAAGCCAUUUAUGUCAUUCCUCGGCUGAACACAACUGUUGUCUUACAGUCUUAA